AUAUCCUCCAAUGGGUUCAAAUGCUUCUAAUUUUCCUCCUCAACUAUUUUACCCUGAUUUUAUGAAAGGCACAGUUCAAAGAAGGGAGGAAAGAGAAACUUAUCAAGUUGUGCUUACAAAUGACAAAGCAGAGCGUACAUUUGCUUUUUGCUUCAAAUUCCCUACAUUACCUCAACAUAGUUCAAUAAUUUCAACAGAUAGUGGUAUCAGUACAUUGGACAAUAGAAUAUUUACAGGUCUAUCUGUUCUUGUUCUAAUUUCUCCAUAUCCCAAUGAAGGCUAUUUUAGUGAAUUAGCUGCUGAUUUGGUAUUGGCCUUUCAAAGAGAUAAUGCUAGAUUAAUGUCAAUGUGCCGAGAUUUGCUUCAAUUAAGACUUACAACUUCAGAUGAAUAUGGUCGCCAGCAAUGGACUCGUUCACAUAUGAGUACUAUUCUCAAAAAAAUUGGCAUGGAAAAUGCUCUUUUUAUUUUUUUGAAUAUGUUAGCGGAACGGAGAAUUAUUAUCACAGGAUCCAAUGUCACUGAUGUUUCACAAACUGUACAUGCAUUAGUUCGUCUUUUGGCUCCACUUGAAUGGCCUCAUGGACUUAUUCCGAUUUUACCAGAUUCUCAAAUUGAAUAUUGCCAAAAUCCAACCCCUUAUAUUUAUGGAUUGUUAAGAUACAACCUUAGCCGAAUCUCUGAAUUAAUUGUUCCACAAAAUGAUUCAUCUUUCUCACCAGAUGAUAAUACAUUAAAUGACGAUAUUAUAUUAUUUGAUGUAGAAAUGGGAAUAAUUGUUCCUCCAAUUUCUAGACCAAAAAACAAACAAAAAAUUGGAUUAAAAGCUUUGUUAGAACAAACAGAAUUAAUUGGAUUUCCACGUGCUGCUGUUUGUGAACUUCUUGGAGCAUUAAAAUCUUGUAUUCCAAUUAAAGAUGCAGAAAAGGCUGAUUAUAGAAUUGAAAAGAAAAUUAUGAUUUUUUAUGCAAAAUUAUUUGGUCAUUAUCGCUCUUUUGGACAAGAUAUUUUAACUGCUAGAAAUCGAAAAUUAUUUGCUAGAGCACAUCCGUGUUCAGAAACUCGUCUAUUUUUGAAUUGGUUUAUUGAAAAUGGAAUUUUACAAUAUUUUAUUUCAAUACAGGAGACAGAAAAUGAUGGUUGUUGUGGAUUAAAAUUUCGUUUUCAAAAAGUAUUAAAGAAGUAUGCUCCUCCAGCUAGAAUUAAUUUGGAAGGAAAGAAACGAAAAGCUGCAAAAUCGCUUAUUUGGAAGGCAUUAAAUCAUUGAAAAAAUCUUUUUUUCUAACAUUUUAUUCCGAAGGUUUUCUUUUUAAUUACAUAAGAAGCAUAAUCUUAAACGUUUUUUCGAAUAUUUGUU